GAAGUUUUCCACCAGGAAAAACUCCCUCUGCCUUCUUACUCCACACUUCACACACCGACUUCACUCGCACACACAUCAACACACACACACACACGCUGUCCCGUGCUGCAGGACGCGUCCACAUCUCCGUCGAGCGUCCGCGCUCCGCUGCUGGAGACGAUGUCGCUCAUCACCCUCAUCCACAUCACAACAACUUUGGCCCUGUGGUGUCCCGUCGGCGGCCUGCUGAUGCCGGAGUUUGCGGAUGUCUGCACCGAGGGCAGCUGCUACCCGGCCACAGGGGACCUGCUCAUCGGCCGUGCGCACAGGCUCACUGCCUCCUCCACCUGCGGCCUGGAGCGGCCCGAGCGCUUCUGCAUCGUGGGACAUCUGGAGGAGGAGAAGAAAUGUUUCGUGUGCGACUCCAACGAGAUGUACGACGACGACGCCAACCAGGUCAGCCACACGGUCGAGAACGUGGUCACCACCUUCGCCCACAACCGCCUCAAAACCUGGUGGCAGUCGGAGAACGGCGUGGAGAACGUGACCAUCCAGCUGGACCUGGAGGCCGAGUUUCACUUCACACAUCUUAUCAUGACCUUCAAGACGUUCCGUCCGGCUGCCAUGGUGAUCGAGCGCUCGGUGGACUUCGGGAAGACGUGGCAGGUUUACCGUUACUUCGCCUUCAACUGCGAGUCCUCGUUCCCGGGCGUGUCCACCGGGCCCAUGGUCAAAGUGGACGACAUCAUCUGCGACUCCCACUACUCGGACUUCGAACCUUCCACCGAGGGAGAGGUGAUAUUCCGGGUGCUGGACCCCGCCUACCCGAUCAAGGACCCCUACAGCCUGAGGAUACAGAACAUGCUGAAGAUCACCGACCUCCGCGUGAACUUCAUCAGGCUCCACACGCUGGGCGACAACCUGCUGGACUCCCGCGACGAGGUGACGGAGAAGUACUACUACGCCCUCUACGACAUGGUCGUCCGCGGCAACUGCUUCUGCUACGGCCACGCCUCCGAGUGCGCCCCGAUGGACGGCGCCCCGACGGGAACCGAGGGCAUGGUCCACGGUCGCUGUGUGUGUAACCACAACACCGUGGGGUUGAACUGCGAGCGCUGCCAAGACUUUUACCACGACUUGCCCUGGAGACCGGCGGAGGGACGAAACACCCACGCCUGCAAGAGGUGCGAGUGUAACCAGCACUCGGCCUCGUGCCACUUCGACCUGGCCGUGUACGUGACGACGGGCAACAUGAGCGGCGGCGUGUGCGACGACUGUCAACACAACACGGUGGGCCGACAGUGCGAGCAGUGCGCGCCGUUCUUCUUCCAGCACCCCGACCGAGACCUGCGGGACCCCAGCGUCUGCGAACCGUGUAACUGCGACCCGUCCGGGUCCCUGGAGGGCGGACUGUGCGACUCGCGGACCGACGUGGCCGCCGGGCUGAUCUCGGGCCAGUGUCGCUGCAAAGCCCUGGUGGAGGGCGAGCGCUGCGACCACUGCAGACAGGGACACCACGGCCUGGGAGAGGGGCCUCAGGGCUGCCUGCCGUGCACCUGUAGCCCGCUGGGCACUCUGCCGGGAGGAAACUCCUGCGAUCCAGAGUCGGGGAAAUGCUUCUGCAAACGCCUCGUCGACGGACACAACUGCGAUCAGUGUCUGCCACAGCACUGGGGUCUGUCCAACGACAUGGACGGCUGCAGAGCGUGUGAUUGUGACCAGGGCGGGGCUCUGAACAAUAACUGUGACCCUCACUCGGGACAGUGCGUGUGCAGGGAGCACAUGUUCGGACGCCGCUGCGAUCAGGUCGAGUCGGGCUUCUACUUCGUCGCCCUCGAUCACUACACCUACGAGGCCGAGGACGCCGAGCACGGACCCGGUGUGACGGUGGUGCCGAGGCCUUACCCUCUGGAUCGCAGUCCCACGUGGACCGGCAUGGGCUUCGUCAACGUGCCGGAAGGAGCCUACCUGGAGUUCAACAUCAACAACAUCCCAGACUCCAUGGACUACGACGUCCUCAUCCGCUACGAACCGCAGCUGCCCGAGCAGUGGGAGAAGGUGAACAUCCGGGUGCAGCGUCCCGUCUUCAACCCUCCCAACUACUCCAGCCUGUGCGGCAACUCCGUCCAGAGUGGCGACGAGCAGUCCAUCUCCCUUCCACCUGGAUCCAGACACGUGUUGCUGGUGAGGCCCGUGUGUUUGGAGACCGGGCAGAACUACACCCUCCGCCUCAGUCUGCCGCUCUACUCGUCGCUCAGCGACAUGCAGAGCCCGUACACGCUCAUCGACUCCUUGGUGCUGAUUCCCCGGGUGCGGGAGAUGGACAUGUUCCACGGCGUCGACGGCGACGGGGCGUGGGACACGUUCCAGCGCUACCGGUGUCUGGAGAGCAGCCAGAGCGUCGUCAAGAGCCCCAUGACGGACAUCUGCCACGACUACAUCUUCAGCGUCUCCGCUCUGCUGCACGACGGCGCCAUGGCAUGCCAGUGCGACCCCCAGGGUUCGCUCAGCGCCGUGUGCGAGCCCAGCGGAGGCCAGUGUCAGUGUCGGCCCAACGUCGUCGGCAGGAACUGCGACCACUGCGCCCCCGCCAACUUCCUGUUCGGCCCCGCCGGCUGCAGGCCUUGCGACUGCGACCCUCGGGGCUCGGAGAGCGCCUUCUGCCACGAGGCGACCGGCCAGUGCGAGUGCGUGCCCGGGGCCACGGGGCGCCAGUGCUCCCACUGCCUGCCGGGCUUCUGGGGCUUCCCGCAGUGUCGACCGUGCCACUGCAACGGCCACAGCGACUACUGCCACCCGCAGACCGGCGAGUGCCAGGGCUGCAGGGACUUCACCGGCGGACACCACUGUGAGAGGUGCCUGGAGGGUUACCACGGCGACCCAGAGCUGGGUUCGGGUGGCCACUGCCGCCCCUGCAUGUGCCCCGACGGCCCGCGCAGCGGACGCCAGUUCGCCGACAGCUGUUACCUCCUGGCCUACUCCAACCAGCUGGUGUGUGUGUGCAGCGCUGGCUACAAAGGUGCCAGGUGCGACGAGUGCGCCCCCGGUUACUUCGGGAACCCCCUGGUGCCCGGCGGCCGCUGCAUGCCCUGCCAGUGCAACAGCAACAUCGACAUGCACGACCCGGGGUCCUGCGACGCCCGCACGGGCGCCUGCCUCAAGUGCCUGCACCACACCGACGGCCACGCGUGCCAGCAGUGCAAACCGGGCUACUACGGCGAGGCCGCCGCGCAGAGCUGCAGGAAGUGCAUGUGUUACUCGGAGGGCACCGAACCUGAGGCGUGUUCGUCCCCCGACGGGUGCGAGUGCGACCGGCACACCGGUCAGUGUCCCUGCCGGCCCAACGUGGUCGGGCAGAACUGCGACCGCUGCGUCGCCGACACGUGGAACCUCGCCGGCGGGACGGGCUGCCAGCGCUGCGACUGCGACCGCGUCCACUCCCUCGGCUCCUCCUGCGAUGAGGUCACGGGACGGUGCUCGUGCAGGCCUGGUUUCGGCGGCAGGACGUGUCAGGAGUGCAGGGAGCUCUUCUGGGGCGAUCCGGAGGUCAAAUGUCACGCGUGUGACUGCGACCCUCGCGGGAUCUCCAGCGAGCAGUGCCACAGCGCCACGGGUCAGUGCGCGUGCGUGGAGGGUGUGUCCGGCGCGCGGUGCGACGAAUGCGCCAGGGGCUACCAGGGCGAGUUCCCCGACUGCGAGCGCUGCCACCAGUGCUUCGCCAGCUGGGACGCCGUGGUCGGCGAGCUGACCAAUCAGAGCCGGCGCCUGGAGGCGCAGGUGACGGAGAUCCUGACCAGCGGCGUGACGGCGCCGUACAAGGAGUUGAUCGGCAGCCUGGAGAAAAACUCCAAGGCCGUGAGGGAGAUAGUCGAGGGCAACCCGGCGGCGGUGCAACUAGAGCUGACGCAGGAGCUCAUGCACGAGAUCAGUGGUUUGAUGUCCUACCUGCACGGGAAGCUGAACACGACAGAGGAGACCUUGGACCUUUUCCACAACGACGCCAACUCCACCGACGCCAAGCUGGACGCGCUGAGCAACGAGGCAAACCGGCUGGAGCGGAGCGUCCAGGAGCUGAGGCAGCAGGUGUACGACGCCAAGAACGCCAACCUCCAGGGUGCCAUGGACACCAUCACGGCAGCGCACGCGCAGUCCGCGACGGCGGAGCUGCGCGCCAACGCCUCCGUCAGCGACCCCGGCAACACGGCGGAGCAGUCCGCUGCGGUACGGAGAGCCACGGAGGAGAAACUGAGCGGCGGCCAGAAGGAGUUUGACCGCAGGCACCAGAAAAACUCGCAGAAGCUGGAAAAACUGUCCGGCGAGCUGGACAAAUUCGACCUGUCGCCGCUCGGCGAAAAGACGUGCGGCGGUGCGGCUGAAGGCGCCGGCUGCGCCGGCUCCCCCUGCGGCGGGUUGGGUUGUGUCGGCGAGGACGGAGCUCCCCGGUGUGGAGGAGAGGGAUGCGAGGGCGUCGUCGCAACCUCGCACACCGCUGUGAAAUCCGCUAAGGACCUGGACAGGGAGAUCCUGGCGGCGAUGCAGGAGGUGGACAAGCUCUCCAGGAUGGUGUGGGAAGCCAACGUGCGUGCGAACGAGGCCAAGGCCAACGCGAUGGAGGUGCUGGUCAAAUCCAACCGCAGCAAGGAGAGGGUGGAGCAGAGCAACGAGCAACUGCGCAACCUCAUCAAAGACAUACGUGACCUCCUCACCAACGAGAAGGCGGACGUGUCCGUGAUCGAGACGGUGGCCAACGAGGUGAUGGCCCUGGAGAUGCCGACCUCGCCCGAGAAGCUGCAGGAGCUGACGAGGGAGAUCCGGGAGAAGGUGGGCACCCUGAGCAGCGUGGAGACCAUCCUGAAUCAGAGCGCCGAGGACAUCAGGGCCGCCGAGGCGCUGCUGAAUCAGGCCAAGGCCGCCAGUGAGCAGGCGUCCAGCAUGAAGGAGAGGGCGGAGGUGGUGAAGGCGGCGCUGGAUGAGAGUGAGCGCGCUCAGAGCGUCGCCAUGGGCGCCAUCCAGCUGGCCCAGAACAACACGAAUGGAACUCUGGACCUGUUGAUCUCCGUGGAGUCGGAGACGGCCUCGUCGGAGCUGAAGCUCGGGAACACUACGGGUCGCCUGCUGCAGCUGGAGAGGGAGGUCGGCCUGCUGCGACAGAACAACCUGGAGGUGAACCGGCUGGCGGAGACGGCCGACUGGAUCAUGGACCAGGCCCGACUGGAGGCGGAGGAGGCCCAACAGGAGUUUGACGGGGAGGUGAAGGAGAGGCUGGAGGCGGUGGAGGACCUGGUGGAGGAUAAGGGCGAGUCGGUGCUGCAGGCGCGGAGGAAGGCGGACGAGCUGCGGCAGGAGGCCAAAGACCUGCUCGCGGAGAGCAGCAGCAAGAUGCAGAGACUCGGAGAGCUGGAAGGCGACUACGAGGCCAACCAGCGCGUCCUGGAGGCCAAAGCCGCGGAGCUGGUGGAGCUGGAGCAAACUGUCCGCCGCAUCCUGGAGGAGAUCAGCUACAAAGUGACUCUGUACAGCACCUGUGUGUGAUCAUCAUCAUCAUCAGCGGACUCUUCUCAGUUCUCAAACGUGAUUACCAUGAAGUAUUUCAUCGAUAUUAGGACCAAAAACCUUUGUCAGAUGUUUUGAUUGUGUGUGUGAAGCCAGCGACUUAACACCAAAAUAUAUGUUCACAAUGGAAACAGGCAUUUAAAAGAUGAAAGUACUGGAGUCGCAGAGGAAACCACUGAAAGCCAACGUGACCUCAGUGCUAGAAACUGGUAAGAGAAUAUAGAACAAGUUUAGUGACAUAAGCUACUCUACAAUCUGUGUAUUUAAAAUAUAUAUGACUGAACAUAUUUGAAAUAAGUACAUUCAAAGUUUUAUAGGUACUUUAUAAGCCCAAAGAUAUGAAAAAACAUUGACUGGACCAAAAAAUGCUGCGACUAUGAACAAAAUAAUAAAAUUUGAUUUGAAGAUUAAAUUAAAACAUUGAA